AUGUCGACGCCCAUCUCUGCGACCACUUCUGCCCAGAUAUCACUCGAGCAGGAAUCGGAUAUUGCCCAACACACUACCACGACAUUGAGCAAAACAGGCUGGCGCUUCUGGGUCAUCUUCCCGACCCUGAUGCUCGUCUCGCUGCUCGUAGCUGUCGAGUCAACCGUCACGUCCACCGCGCUCCCCUUCAUUGUGCACGAGCUCAACGCCGGCGAGCUCUAUGUGUGGUUCGUCAAUGCCUACUUCCUCACCAGCGCCGCCUUCCUGCCCCUGUUUGGCCAGCUCGCCGACAUCUUUGGCCGCCGCUGGGUCUUCAUCUCGGUCGUCGCCAUCUUCACACUGGGCAGCGGCAUCGCGGGCGGCAGCAACACGGCAACCAUGCUCAUUGCGGGCAGAGCGGUGCAGGGCAUUGGCGGUGGCGGCAUCAACCUGUGCAUCGAGCUGGUUGUCAGUGACCUGGUGCCACUUCGCGAGCGCGGCAAUUACAUGGCCCUGCUUUUUGCCUUUUUUGCCCUCGGCACUGCCAUGGGGCCAUUCGUCGGUGGAGUCUUGGUUGAGCGUUCGUCGUGGCGCUGGGUGUUCUGGCUCAACCUGCCCCUCGGCGGCGUCGCCCUCAUCUCCCUCCUCAUCUUCCUCCGCGUCAAGUACGACCGCACCACGGCCAUGAGCGAGCGCCUGAAGCGCAUCGACUACAUUGGCACCCUGAUCCUCGUCGGUGCCGUCACCUCUGUCCUGAUCGGCCUGUCCUACGGUGGCACGCUGUACGCCUGGUCCGACGCGCGCAUCAUCGUGCCCCUGGUGCUGGGCAUCCUGGGCCUCUUCGUCUUCCACGCCUACGAGACGGCCAGCUGGGUGAAAUACCCGACCCUCCCCGAGCAGGUCUUCCGCCGCCGGACCCCCGCCGCAGCCCUGCUGCUCGCCUUCCUGAGCUUCAUGCUGCUCUUCUGGGCCAUCUACUUCCUCCCCGUGUACUUCCAGGCCGUCCUGCUCGCGGGCAGCACCCAGUCCGGCGUGUGGCUGCUCCCCACGGUGCUCGUCGAGGUGCCCCUCGCCGUCGUCGGCGGCGCCCUCGUCACCAAGACAGGGCGGUACAAACCCUUGCACCUGUUCGCCUUCGGCGUCAUGACCCUCGGCUUCGGCCUGUUUGCGCGCUUCGACCGCUGGACCUCGACCGCCGAGUGGGUCAUUGUGCAGAUGCUCCCGGCCUUUGGCGUCGGCUUCAUGAUGUCGACCAACCUCCCCGCCGUGCAGGCCGACUUGCCCGAGGAGCAGGUCGCCGCUGCCACCGCGGCGUUCAGCUUCAUGCGCGCGUACGGGUCCAUCUGGGGCGUCGCGAUCCCGGCCGCGGUGUUCAACGCGCGGUUCGCGGUCGAGGCGUACCGGAUUACUGACGAGGCGGUGCGGGACCGGCUCAGCGAUGGUGAGGCGUAUAGUUAUGUCACUGCCGCGCUGAUUGGCACUUUCACACCCGAGACGCGGGACCAGGUCGUGGAUGUGUUUACCCGGGCGCUGAAGGUUACCUGGCUGGCGAGCAUUGCGCCGGCCGCGCUGGGUUUUGCACUCGUGUUCAUGGAGAAGGAGGUUGUGCUGCGGACGGAGCUGGAUACUAAAUUUGGGCUCGAGGAUGGGCAGAAGGGCGGCAGCGGCGGCGCCGGGUCUUCGGAUGUCGAGUCGGAUGCUGCGGCUGGCCCGGUACAGGUGAAAGAGAAGACCACCAGCAGUGCUUGAGAGGGGUCGUGGACGUCGGAAGGAGCUUUCGAAAGGGUGCCCACCCGCGGUCAGGUGAAAGCGGAAGUCCUUGCAGUUGUCCCCUUGUAUCAAUAGCAUGAUGGUGGCUAGAGGACUGAGUCUGUCCAGUGUCAUGUACGAAGCUUUAGUGGUCUGUAGUAAUGAAGGAGUCUCUUAGAAUAUGACAUCUACAAUAUGGCUCUGUAUGUGAAAUGCAAGGUUGAAGUGCCUUUGCGACCUCUGGCUGACUGUUAUGCUGUACCUGAGUAGGGGUACCGGUCUAAUUUUGGCGCGCGAAGAAUGAUUCCCCAGAAUACAGCUGCAUGCCGGCAGCCCCUUGAGGAUAGAAGGAUCAGA